AUGUCAUUCCUCCUCCUACCCGCCGAACUACGUCUCAAGAUCUUCGCAGCCUACUUGCAACUCGAGACAGCGCACAAUGACUCAACGCUGGCGAAUCAUAGCCACCUCAGAUACCGCAAGCCUUGUUGCGACGUCUUCGAGGCCUAUUUGGAGAAUGCGCGCAACACCUCGAGUCUAGCAAAGCAUCUCCAUGUCGACAAUUACAACAAUCCGUGUUGCACCUGGCGCUGGCCAGAAGACCUCAUCAUCUGCGAUCGAGAGGCUGACAACGAGCUGACGACCGCGAUAGUCGCGCCGUGGCUCCCAGCUCUCGCCUUCACAAACAAGCAGCUCCUGAGCGAAGUCACCCUCUUCAUGCUCUCAACAACCGAGUGGUUCGACUUCAAAUACGAUGCAAAGAAGCCCUUCAAAAUCGCCCGCUGGUUCGCAGACUACCUUUCUACGUUCCCCGCGGUCACCAUCGAUGGCGUAGCUACCACCCAGGGAUUCGCAGCCAUCAAGCGCAUCAACUUCCCCCACGUAAAGUACAUACCGUAUACCCGGGCCAACUAUGACAUCGACGGCAACCUCGACAUCCCUCUAAUGCUCAAGUGCACCCAGCUCGACACCAUCGCCAUGUCAUUCCACUGGAUCCAGCUCGUCGAUAGAGCGUACGCGCAGUACCAGAGACCUCGCGAACUAGAAGAUUUUCUGGAUGCCUUCGGAUUCAGACCGAUGCUUGAGCAUUGCGGGGUCAAAAAAGUGUAUCUUGAAGGUGUGAAUCAUCUGCAGGGAGGGGAGGGGCGGUUGGCUUGUUUGUAUAAGUUUGGCGAGUGGCUUGUCAAGGGGUAA